GAAAUAAAUUAUCGAAAUAAAGAUCUGGGGGACUCUUAAUUGUUCUCUUUUUUUUCUAUUUUCUCAAACGUCUAAAAACUGAUCUUACCGCAGCGAAAGAUCGAUACCUCCUUGCGUACAAGCGAACUCUUAUCGAAAGGGAGAUAGAGAAGCCGAGGGACGUUGGUUUUCAUGUAUAGAGAGAUGGAGGAGAGCUCAUGGCGGCGUCUGGCCUUCUUAGCUUCGAUUUCUCUGCACUUCGUCUUAGGUCUAUCAGGUGAUUCCAAGAAUACAAAUGCAGGAGUUAAGGCAGAGUCGCACGCUUCUUCCAGCGGAACUGGCACAAAAGUAUUCCUCAUACUGCUUGGAUUUGUGGCUGUAGGUGCGUUCUCCUUCUUCCUAUACAAGCUAUGGCAGAAGAAGAAAAGAGACGAGCAGUAUGCUCGAUUGUUGAAGCUUUUUGAGGAAGAUGAUGAACUCGAGGUUGAGUUAGGCCUUCGAGAUUAAAAAAAUACAAGCUGUCAACAAAAUGCCUGAGGUAUAUUUGUUUGUGUUGGCUUGUUUUUGGAAUGUAAGAUAAAUUAUAGGUAUUAAGAAGGAUCAGAACAUGUCUUUGGUCAAAGUUAACAUUCAAGUGAUUUUAUGUUUGUUAUUGACAUGCUUUAUCUUCGUGAAAUAUAUAAUAAUGCACACGACAUUUAAUUAUACUAUAUACUUUGAUAAGUAAAUGAUGUAGCUGUG